CCGUCAAGAAAUGGGAAAGGGAACAGGGAGCUUUGGUAAGCGCAGGAACAAGACUCACACUCUCUGCGUCCGCUGUGGUCGCCGGAGCUUCCACCUCCAGAAGAGCCGGUGCGGAUCCUGCGGGUUUCCCGCCGCCCGAAUCCGCAAAUAUAACUGGAGUGUCAAGGCCAUCAGGAGAAAGACCACAGGCACUGGUAGGAUGAGGUAUCUUCGUCAUGUGCCUCGCAGGUUCAAGAGCAACUUCAGAGAAGGAUCUGAAGCAGCUCCGAAGAAGAGGGUUGCAGCGACUUCAUCUUAAACAUGAUCAUGCUUUGAGACUGUCAGGCAGAGCAGCAUAGGCUUUUGAUUUAUUUGUAUUUGUGGGAUUUGAUCCUGUUAAGCUAAAACUUCUUGCACAAUUGUCUUCUUUUUCUUAUCUCUAAACAGUUGAAGACUUAGUAUUUUGUAUGUCCUGGUGACUUAUUAUUAUCGUCUGAUGAAAUUUUUGAUGAUCUCAUGGAUAA